GUGUGUUCUCCAAACCAACUAAACCAAGAUGAAAUUAGCAUAUGUAUUAAUUAUUGCUUUGGUCUGCUUAGCAGCGCAAACUGCAGCCCAAAGUGAAAGGCAACGAGUACAAGAUUUGGUUAAGGAAUGUCAAAAAGAAUCUGGUUCAACCGUAAAUGAAAUUGAAAACAUUAGAAAUGGAGUUAUAACCGCUGAUACAGGCAAGCAAGCUCUUUGUGUAAAUCGUAAAUUAGGAGUACUGGAUCAGAAUGGAGACCUUAUUGCUGAUAAGUUCAAGCAACACGUUGAUGCACUGACUGACAAAAAUGAUCUUCGGGAGGAGUUUCAUAACAAAUGUGGCAAAACUGAAGGAGAAAAUCCCGAAGCUAAAACUAUCAAAUUUGUUAAAUGUAUGCAAUCCGUCUUAGCAAAAGUCUAAAAAUAUCUAAAUUAUGUCUAAACAUAAACAAAAAUGUAAGGGACGGACAAAUAUGUAAAUAAUAAUUUAUAAUAAAUAUGACAU